ACAGUCUUCUUCUUCUACCUGUUGCCUCAAGUCAUUCUGGAUGCAGGCUACCACAUGCCAAACAAGCUCUUCUUCACCAACCUGGGUGGAAUCUUGGUCCAUGCUGUCAUUGGGACCUGCUGGAAUGCUGCCAGCUUGGGGCUGUCGCUGUGGGGGUGCCAAAUGGGAGGAGCAAUGGGUGACCUGGACAUCGGUCUGCUGCAGUACCUUCUUUUCGGCAGUCUGAUGGCUGCUGUGGACCCCGUGGCCGUCAUCGCUGUGUUUGAGCAGGUGCACGUUAACGACGUCCUCUUCAUCAUGGUGUUUGGAGAGUCGCUGCUCAACGACGGUGUAACUGUG